GACAGCGAUUGAGUGCUUAGCAGCUGUUCUGAAGCAUACGGCAAAGAAAAACAUGUUGCGCUUGUAAAAUCGAACGGAGAAAAAUUCUAAAGACUUCAAUUAAAACCUAGUUUAAAACAUUGACAGCGCAAUGGAAGAGAGCGACGAGCAAGAGUUCAACUGCAUUGACGAGGCGCAGGCCAUCAUCAAUGAUGUGAAGGCGCAUGUGGCCGAAAUCGUCGUUUCUUCCAAGCUGGCCAGCAGUGCCACGCAAAUCUAUCUCAACAUACGAACCAUAGAGAGCGCCACCUGCUGUGUUCAGGUGUCGAGUCGAGGAUUUAAAAUUGUGUCUUCCCAAUACGACACCAUUGAUGAGGACAAGGCCUUCCGUUCACUAAAUAAUGGCGAUGAAAAGCAAGAGGAGGACGAGGAGGAGAUAUUUGAGACACCAUAUGCACUGCUGGACAAGAUUAGUCCACGUUAUGUGGAGUCGUUUGGGAAUCAACUCUGCCAACAACUGCGUCAGCUGCAACAGAUGCGCACCGAAUUCCACGAAGAGGACGAGGAAGAAGAGGAGGAGGACUAAACUGAAUAUGGGGGAAUCCCCCACUAAACAACUUCAACCUGAGGCUGUACUCAUUAAACACACACACAAACGAUUUUUAAUGUUAGUUUGUAUUUAUAUAUGUACUAUGUAUUUUUUAAUGUAACCAUUACAAUCAUCAUCAUAAUCAUCAUCAUCGUGUAACCAUGAAAGUAUUUCGCAACUUUUUAGACUUUUAAGCGUUUCAAAAAUAAAGAUUGUGAUUGCAGUUCCAAGUCAGUCAAU